CCAGGGUAACUGCGGGAAGUCUCGCGUGAUGAUCAUGGCUGUCGAGUAGGGUUGAGGCGAGGAAAAGUGGAAAACCGAAUGAUUGAUGCGUUUGUAAAACGGCUAGUUGGUUAUGUUUCAGUCUACGCUCGUCAAGUGUUGUAUCAGAGCGUAUCGGAAUUGCAUGCUUUCAACUCGCACUCUGUAUUUUGCUCAUACGUUUGGGCUAUAGGGCGAUCCUAGUGCUAGUGAUACGGUUGGCUUUUCGCUAGCUAGCGUUAGUUUGGUUAGCCAUGCUAACGAUAGCUCGUUAGCUUUGUUUACAUCAAGUGCGCGCCUGGGAUCUGUUAGCUAAUUGCUAGCCAGCCUGAUCUUUGUGCUUAGCUGCAGCUCGUUCUCCAAGUACUCAUCAACGAGGCGACAACACAGCAUAUUCGCAGGAUACUAAAUGGUCUCUAUGGCGAACAUCGACCACCUCUCGAGUAAAACGUUUGGCUGAUGUCGCAACCUAACGCUAGCUACAUAAUGCUAACAUUUUGAUCAUGGACAGUUUGAUCAGUCAUUGCACUGCAGACUAUUGGGCAACGUUUGGGAUCAUGUGAAUAAUUCUAACACGUGGUCUGCGUGGUCCAAAUGAUCAGAAUCAUAACCUGUAAUUUGAGCAACCUCGGCGAAUAGAGAAGAAUACGAGCCGGCGAUGCUAACUUUAGCUUCUCCUAGCCACCUGACGAGCUAACGUGCGCGCUCAGCAUUUACAGCUUUACAAUGUUUAUUGUCUAUUAUUAAUUCAAAUGGCUGAUUUGAUACGCCGGAGUAACCGAUAGUUGCUCCGCAAUCGGUUCUCGUUCCUCUCAUCUACCCUGAAUCUUGAGUGUCUGAGAAAGUGUCUGGACAUUUUCCCGGGCCGUGUUUCCCCGAGGCUCCAGAGUAAACCGCUAUGAACCCCGUUAAUGCUACCGCCCUGUACGUGUCCGCCAGCCGGGCUGUGCUGCAGUGUGAUCCUCGGCAGCCUCACACGUUCACAGAGAUGUACAAUCUGCUACACUUCUUCCGACAGUCCCUCGCAUGUCAUGUCUGUGGGAACCUGCUCCAGGAUCCCAUUUCCUCAACAUACCCAGAGUGUCAGCAUUAUGUCUGCUUGGGCUGCAAAGGCCAAAAGAUGCAGUUUAGGACUUCAUGCAGCCGAUGCAAGGACUAUACCUGUUUCCAGGAGAACAGACAGCUCUCUCUGCUGGUCCAAUGCUACAGGAAGCUCUGUCUUUAUGUAACCCAUUCACCAUUGCUGCAGUCCAUCAGCAGCCAUGUAGGAGGGUCUCCAGAGGUUAUGCCCCUGUUAGAAGAGGUGCUUAUAUCAUUUGAAGAGGAAGUAGAGACUGAUGAUUCAAGCCUAGCACCUGAAGAUGUGAAUCCCCCUGCCCCUGAGUCUCUCACUCCCACAGAGGCGCCGCCUGCACCUGCGGAGCUCUCAGCUGUACCCCAAAGCUCCUCUUCAGACCCUCCCUGUUCUAAUGGACCACAGGGAUGCAAUGGAGAAGUAUUAGAAGACCUUGAUCCUUCUUCUCCUGAGCUGGAAGUAUGUGAACUUAUAGAGGAGCAACCACACGCAGGCCUGUCUGUGUCCAGUACUGGUGAUCUGGAACUGAGUCUGACCGCUGGUCCUCUAGCCUCAAAUCCAGGUACUGUGUGCUCACUCAGGGAUGAGGAAUCUAGCAGCAGAGAGCUGGAGGAGGGGGAGGUGUUGCUUCUCAGUGUGGAGGAGGUGUUACAGACUUUGGAUCCUCUUCGGCCUGUCCGAGAUUCUCUUCAAACACAACCAGACAGAAUGCACACUCACACACACACAGGCACGAACAGAGCACAUGGUCAAAUGUUCAUUCAGCUAGAUGCAGCUCACAACUACACACAACGUCAAACAGACAGGACUAACAUGCUGGCAAGUCAUGGUGUUCACAUACACACAUCUUCUUUCGAUCCUCCCCCAACUUCCAAGCCCCCACCUGUUCGACUUUAUCGCAAACGAUCUCGUUCAGAGAGUGACAGAGAAAAGGUGAAACCUCUCCCUAUUUCCUCCAUCCUGCAGAGCUCAUCCACUCCCUCGAACACUCCAAACACCCCUCAUGCACUGCACACACAGCCGCCAGCACCUUCUCUAAAUGCACCAACACACACAUAUUCAUCUCUCCACAAUGGGGUACCUCCCAAACCCAGCCGCCCUUCACCCAACCACAGUAAAGGUGCCCGGAAGCACCUUGAGUCGGGCCCUAAGAAGCCACAUACCAAGGCCCGCAGUGGUGGAGGGUCCAAGACUAAGGACAGAAGUCGAGAACAGCGGUUGUUGCCAGGCUGUGUGAUUCCUCCACCACCCAUCAGGCCUCCCUAUAAGAAACCAGUGGAGAAGAAGGGCUGCAAGUGUGGCAGGGCCACUCAGAAUCCGUCUGUGCUGACCUGCAGGGGGCAACGUUGUCCUUGUUACUCAAACCGCAAGGCAUGCUUGGAUUGUAUCUGUCGUGGUUGCCAGAACUCCUAUAUGGCCAAUGGUGAGAAGAAGCUUGAGGCCUUUGCUGUGCCCGAGAAAGCCUUGGAGCAGACACGCCUCACGCUCGGCAUCAAUCUCACCAGCAUCACAGCGGCUGCGGCCCUUCGCAACCCAACAACCACCAGCAUCCGCACUAACACACUCCUCAAUGUUGCCACAGCAACAGGGACCCCUGUGACCACAGCCUUUCUGUCCCCCAGCCCUCCAAAAGAGCCCAACUAUGAGGACAGCCUGGAGCUUUUGAUUGGAUGAAAUGCUGGGACUCUAAGAACAGACAGCUUGGUGCUGAUUGAAUGUGACGGCUGAUCGUUGUGUCUGUCAGAUUAACCCGUGCCUCCUCUGAGGGGGGAGGCCGUCCAAAGGCAGCUAUAGGUCUGUCCUGUCCUGUAACCUGCUCUUAUUCUGUGUUGGAAAAUGCUGAGUAGUAAGACUAGCAUGGGUGUGCCAAAGCCUUGUGUAUUGUGCCUGUGUGCCAGUGUGUAUUGUUGCCUGUGUGUAGUUAAACACUUAUACUCGGUUCCACAGCUAUUCUGUACUCCGGAGGUGCUUUUUGUUUAUAGACCACAGACAUGUAGGAGGCAAUAGGAACUCAUAACAGAUUUUGUGUUUUGUUAGCGUGUACGCACAAUUAUAGAUUGAAGUAUGUGAUAUUUGUUGCGUAAUGACAACAAAGAUGGCACCAUCAUAUCUGUCACUCGUCAUAGCGUUUUGUGUAUUUAAGUAUUACUCCAUGUAUGUUUAAGAACGUCCUAAUUCAUAUCAGGAAGGCCCUUACUAAUCUUUAACCCCGUAUGUGCUCAAAACUUAAUCGUUAAUGAUUGUCGUGACUAAUCAGUGGAGAACUUUUUUUUUCACACAAAACUGUAUGCCUCUUCUUUGUUCGUUUUUAAACUCACUCAACCCAAGUACUGUCGGCUGUUAACGAAUUUGUCUUAACGAACUUGACUGAUGCAGGCAUUGUACAGGCAGCAAGAUAAUGUCAAAGCACUUGGCUGGAUCCCCAGUAUCUCUGUAUGUGAGCGUGUGUGUGUGUGUGUGUGUGAGCGUGUUGUGCGCGCAUGUGUGUACGUGUGCCUACUGAGAUUGACGGUAAUGUCAGUGGGGAGGUGGAUGGUGGGUUGUAAGCACUUAGUCCUAUUGAUUGGCCAAGUCACAACUAAAACCAUUUCUUGGUUACCAUAGCAAUAGGAGCGCCAACAAGGAGCCUCCCAGCUCUCGUGCACACACAGUUGUUUACAGUAUUGCAUUUACGAACUAUAACUGACUGUCUUCUCUUCUGUAAUAAUGCACCGUUACAUUUUGAUUAUUGAAUUGUACAUCACUGUGUGUUUAGAUAAACUAAAGCCAUAGUUUGUCAUUAUCAAGACAAAUUAUCCACUUUCUGUGCAUUUUGUCCCACAGUUCCAUUGUUCUGACUGAUUAGAGACCAACUCAGAGACUAUUUUUGAUACCAAGUGUUCAAGAUUUGGUACCAUUGUCUUUUGUGUGUGUGUGUGUGUGUGUUUUGGUUGAAGCACCUUGAAGCUCUCCUAUAACCCACAAAGUCGUGUUUUGUCUCCGUUUGUGUUUACUGUCUCAGCUGUAACCACGUGUUUCUCAGCCCAGUCAUGGCGACCAAAAAGAGACUGAAGGAGAGAGAGGACUCAGGCAGACCAAACAAACCUUGGUUCUCUACUCGUAGACCAGGAAGUAGCAGAUGGAGUAUAGUAUGAUCAGCAAUCAUGACCUAUCUUCCUGUGUGUGUAUGUUUCAAACUGUUUUUUUGGGCAUUACUUGAACCCUGAUUAGUUUUUGGUAUUGGUUUUUUUUUUAUGUAAAAGCUCUUGUUUGAGGAUUGACUCUUAUUAUUGCUGAAACAUUCACUGCCAUAAUAUGGAAACAUCUAAUACAACAUGAAUUAAAUAAUAGUUUUUUACUUUUUCA